AUGGAGCGCAGAGUUCUUCGCUCGAGCACUCGGAGCUCUAACGCAUCCGAUACUUUUGUGUCGCUGCCAAACAAGCAAGCUCCCCAGAGCACCAUCAGCUGGCCUGUCACCAAGCCUGCUCCACCAGCAUCAAACCGCAAGCGCAAGGUAUCCCAGGUGGCAUCUGAAGAUCAAUCACCCCAGGUCAAGAAAGAAACCAAACCCAAGAAACAGAAAAAGCCAAAGGAACAGGGAGAGAAGCGAGAGCGCAGGUUCAGAAAUGAAGCGCCUCAGUCCUUUGCUCCUAUCUAUGGCCGCGCGCUUUCAGAGCGAUUCUAUGUGCUUGAACGCACCAAAUGUGGUACAGAGGCUUGCCCUGAAGAGGACUUUGAGAUGACCGGUUCGACUGGUAACAUCUACACUGUUCAUAUUGGCAAACGCCUCAAAUGUACCUGCCCUCAUCAUACCAGGGGCGGACAACAGUGCAAGCACAUUGUAUUCAUCAUGAAGAAGGUGCUCAACGCCCCUUAUGAUCUGAUCUACCAGCUCGCCCUGAUCAGCACCGAGCUUCAGUCCGUCUUUGCUUCCGCGCCUUCUACCUCCGCACAGGAACAAGAGAAGUCGUACAAGCGUAAGCCUAUUGAAGGAGACUGCCCAAUCUGCUACUACGAGCUUGAUGCGAAGCAGGAAGCGUCUAUCGUCUGGUGCGCUGCAACUUGUGGUCACAAUUUUCACAAAGAAUGUUUCACAAUCUGGGCCAAGACCAAGCAUGGAAACGUAACAUGCCCAUUGUGUCGCAGCGACUGGAAGGGGGAUGAGAGUCUGGUGGCCAGUGUCCAGAAGAACAAAGCUGAUGUGGAAGAUGGGUAUCUCAACGUUGCGGAUCAGCUCGGCCUCAGUCGUGAGAGAGACACGUCAACCUACUCGCGCUGGCUCGUGUAUCACCAGAAUGGAUGUACUUGGCGCCCUCGAUAUUAG